CGAACUCUCCGUCACUCUCCGUCGUCUCUCGCUUUCUUCCUCAAAUCCAGCAACCGUCAUUUUCUUUUUAUCGAACCCUGGAAUUGUUGAUUCUAGAAUCGUAGUUCUCAUUUUUCCUUAUUCGAACCGUUGAAUUGUAAUUCUCAAUUUCUCUCCCAAUAUGCAACGAUGGAGAAGUCUCCUGUCGCUGAAAAGCUCUUCGAUUCUAGAAUUGUCGUCAUCAAACGCCACAGCAUCUUCGGCUACGAAUUCAUUUCAUUCGACGAGUGUUUUGUCUGAAAAAUGGAGGAAAAACUUUGGUUCCGGUAGAGCUUCAAAGGAUGGUACAACUUCUGAAUCUUCAAAGAACUCCUCCAUAAGAUUCACAUGUACUGUAAAAGAGAAAGGGCGGCGCACUGGUGCUAAAAAGACUCUAAACAAUCUUCUCUUCCACACAGGAAUCAAUGAUCCGCUUCAGAAUGAGUGCCAUUUCGGGCCAAACCCGCUUGUCCGGGAUAGACAUAUGAAGAAAAAACCUCAACCUGGCCGGGGAAAGAAGCCUCGGGAUAAGAAAACAAAACGUUGGCACAGAGAAGGAAAUCUCGAUGAUGAUGACUUUGGCGCUGAUGCUACUAAUACAUUUGAGAACAAAUGGAGACAAAGAUGGACAAAUCAAUCUCACAAGGCCUCGUAUUCGAGGGACUCGGCAUCUGGAUUUGAAUGGAGAGAAGGCUGGAGCUGGACCACUCAAUCUUCAAGAAGCACAAGCUGGAACGAUGAGUCUUGUGAUGAGCCUUUGAUCGUCGGGUCUCUGUCUGAGAGGAAUGUUCUUGGUCUACCUCUAGAUGGUCCCCUCAACUUAGGAGAUGUUAAGAAUGCAUUUCGAUCUGCGGCUCUGAAGUGGCAUCCGGAUAAGCACCAGGGGCCGUCUCAGGCUGCAGCACAAGAAAAGUUUAAACUCUGCGUUGAUGCAUACAAGUCUCUCUGUUCUGCAUUAUCCUGAGGUUACACAGAGGCAUUGAUUGAUACAUCAUUUUUAGUAGGAAUUAGAGUUUUGAAGCUGCUACGGGCUGCUUCUGAAACGAUUUAGAGAGGUCCAAAGGUUUUCGUAUGAGGAAUUGGAUUCAUGAGACUCCUUGUGUCUCCCAACCACUUCCAGCAUUUGAUUACAAAAACAAUAAUUAUAUAUAAAAAAGAUUUAUGUCCUUGCGCAUCUUUGAGCUGGUCAUAAAACAUAGUACUUUAUUUUAAACACUGCUGCAGAAGACA